UAAAGAUGAAGAAGAAGGUUCAACAAGUUAUCAUCCCAAGAUGCUGUUCAAACACUUCAGAAAGUGUUUGAAACUAACUUUAAGAUAUGAGAUAAAACAUGUUAGGAUCCCAUCACAAUUAUAAUAUAUCCAGAGGCUGUGACAGGAUAUUUGUUGUCUUGACAACAGCUUAUAGAGCUUCACUCAUCCCCUGUGAGCUAAUCCAUUGAAGAACUAUUAUUAUUUAGAGUUAUGGGUGAUUAUAGAAUAACAGACAUGUCAGAGGUGCUAUUUAUAGUGUUGUUGACACUAUUUUCCUGUUGCUAUGGUAACCUAAAUUCAAAUUGCCAAGGCAACACAACAUCAUGCGAACCAUUGGAAUACUUCACAUGUUUAGGAAUUGCUUUACCAUAUGAAUCAACCUCAUUACAAUUUGCCAAUGAUUCAAACAGCCAAAAAGAAGUGCAAGAAAAGUUAACAUUAUGGAGCGGUUUACAAAAUGUGCCACAAUGCUGGGCAGUUAUCCAACCAGUACUGUGUGCAGUAUAUAUGCCUAAGUGCAAUGGAACGACUGUUGAAAUGCCAAGUCAGGAGAUGUGCGAGAAAAUACAGGAGCCAUGCAAGAUUGUUGAAUCAACAAGAGGAUGGCCCAGUUUCCUACGAUGUAAUGCCCCACAUUUUGUGGAGAAUUGUGCUACCUCCAACCCAGCGUCUAAGUUACAAUUCAACACAAGUGCCACAUGUGAGAAACCCCUUGUAAAAACCUCAAAUCCAGAUAGCUACUACGAGGAUGUUGCAGGCUGUGGAAUACAAUGUGAGAACCCCUUAUUUACAACAGACGAACAUACAAGUACGCAUAUAUUCAUUGCAGUAGCUGCUACCUUAUGUGUUUUGUGCACACUUUUUGCAUUGGUGACAUUUCUUAUUGACUGGAAGAACGCACACAAGUAUCCCGCAAUGAUCCUAUUUUUCAUCAAUGCAUGCUUCUUCAUUGGAAGUAUCGGAUGGUUGGCUCAGUUUAUGCCAGGUGCCAGGGAGGAUAUUGUUUGUAGAGCAGAUGGGACCAUGAGGAUACAUGAACCUCAGAUAGGGUCUGGUGAAUCCGCCUCAUGUGCCGUCAUAUUUAUCAUUGUUUACUUCACGCUGAUGGCAGGCAUAGCCUGGUUUGUCAUCCUGGCAUUUUGCUGGCAUCUGACAUUUAAGGCCCUUGGGACACCACAAGACGUCAUGGAGGGCAAGAUCUCAUACUUUCAUAUCGCUGCCUGGUCAUUUCCUCUAGUUUUGACCAUUAUAUGUAUGGCAACAUCCCAGGUGGAUGGAGACAGUCUUAGUGGUAUAUGCCUUGUGGGCAAUCUGGACCACAAGGCACGUGCUGGCCUGGUGCUAGCUCCUGUGGGAAUUGUCAUCAUCAUCGGUGGAAUCUUCAUGUCAUCUGGACUCCAUGCUCUGUGUAAACUGAGGAGAGAGAGCCCAGGGUUCAUAAGUGAUAGGGCCACUACAAAGAUACGGAACACUAUCCUUAGAUUAGGUCUGUUUGGAGGAUUUGCAUUGUCAUUUGUAGUGAUCACCUUCGUUGUUCACGUUUAUAUCUUUGUCAAUGCGGCAGAGUGGGAACAAAGCUUUAAAGAUUAUGUCAUAUGUGAAGCCAAUGUUGUUGUUGCCAAGGCUGUAUCAAACACCACCAUGACCUGCUCUAUCAGCAGUAGACCAAGUCUGGUUGCUGUGCAGAUGAAUAUAUUUGCUUACUUUGGAGCUGGUAUAGUGAUGAGUUCAUGGGUGUGGACGAAACCUACCCUGGAAGCAUGGAAACGUUUUCUAGGAAAGUGCUUCCGCAUUACCAGUAAUAAACCUGUGAAGCUAAAGAAACACAAAAUGGUCGCCCAAGCCUUCGCUCAACGUAGGGAGAUGAACAAUGGCCGCCUGUCAAUCAGCUUUCACAGCACUCAUGAUGAUCCUAUGGGUAUGAAGUUUGAUCUGAACAGUGUGACAUCACAUGAUAUGUCAUCAGCAUUUCAUGCCAAUCUCCACAAAUUGGUACGACGUCGGGGUGGCAUGAUACACCCAGUUGCUGGCACACUACGACGAUAUUCUGAUUCAGAUGUACAGUCACUGAAGUCCUUCUCCCAACAGCUACAGGCGAGGGUGGAACAGCAACAAGAGAUGCAACAGCAGCAGGAGGACAGCAACAAGCGAAAGAAAAAGAAGAAAAAGAAACGUGGAAAAGGACGUGUAGCUCCAUUACAAAUCCCAGAAUCAUUUCUCGCAGCGCAUGGUGGAUUAAUACAUAGUAGACGGAGGGGUAGUAAUGGACGACGGGGAAGCAACACGUCUGUUUUAACUAACCAAUCAGCUCAUAGUAUUGCUAUAUCUGUCAAUGCUGGUGGUCAGUUAUCAUCUGACAGUGAAGCUAUGGGAUCAAAGCCUCAGUUUCCGCAAGGGAAGCGGGGAAGUAAGGGAAGCGUGGAUAUAAAUCACGUCAUGGGGUACUCGAUGUUUACUGCUAGUUCAUACGUCCCUAACAUGGGGAUGCACUUACAAGAUCUCGAACAGACAGACAAUGAAAUUGAAAAACAAUGCAAACCAAAGCAAAAUACUCACAAUCAAAAAACAGCUUUUGGUAGACAGAAAAAUUCAGCGGGGAAAACAAAACCGGCAAAAUUGACAGUGCCACCUGCUGGUCUGCCAAACCAGAUUGACUCUGCAUCAGACAUUGAGUCAAUACACCCCAUACAAGGAGCUAAAAUGGGCUUUGUAAAUCCAGCAUUUUAUCCAGAAGGGACUAUGGGUGCACUGGGAUAUGGGUUUGAACAAGAAGGGGAUCAAGGGGGGAAGAAGAGAGAGGGCAAGGACAGAAGUAAGCUAUACCCUCCUAGUGUUGUCCUAGAGGUGGGACAGGACAGUGAUGCUGAUAAGUCCUCAAGUUAGGAUGUGGAGGAGGAAUUCUCAAUCUCAAUUCAUCAUCUAAGUUCUAUUUUAUGGGAAUUCUCUUCAUUUUAUGUCACCACCAGAAGUGGU